AUGACGGAGGACUAUGAUAUCUACAAGGAAGGUGGACUACUCCGCAGGCGAUACAAGAAGCUUGACGACAUCAGUGAGGGCUCUUACGGCUAUGUCUCGCUUGCGAACGAUACCCAGACCAAGAAACUAGUCGCAGUGAAGUACAUUUUCAAGAGCGACAGCGGUGAUUCCCAAAAUAGCUCUAAGAAGGGCUCUAUACGCUCUGAAAAUAACGAUCAGCACAAUCAGUUACACAAGCAUCAGAAAUCGUUGAUCUCGGAAAAAGUGCGUUCUCGUCUCUCUAAAAACCUCUGCUUUGAGGCUUUAUACGAGGUGGACAUUCACACUAAAGUAGGCAAACACGAAAACAUCACCGAGCUGUUCGACUAUUUCGACUCCUUCAUUAUAAUGGAGUACUGCUCCGGAGGCGACCUUUACGAAGCUAUCAGAGCGGAUUUGGUUCCAAAGAAAACUAAAUUGAUUACUCACAUUGCAUCUCAACUUAUGGAGGCUAUUGAAUUCGUACAUCAAAAAGGUAUUUACCAUAGAGAUGUCAAGCCUGAAAACAUUCUGAUCCAGGGGUCCGAUUGGAACAUCAAAUUAACAGAUUGGGGGCUGGCCACGACCGAGAAAACGUCAUCCGAUAGAAGUGUUGGUAGCGAACGGUACAUGUCGCCAGAGCUUUUCGAAGAUAAUCUGGAUCGUGAUGAGGGAUCCGAGCCAUACGUUUGCAGCAAAGUUGACAUAUGGGCGAUUGGAAUAGUAAUGCUCAACAUCGUGUUCCAUAAAAAUCCUUUCAGUGUUGCCAAUCAAACCGACAAGGCAUUUUGCUAUUUUGCGGCAAACAGAGAAGCUCUUUUCGACAUUUUCUCCACAAUGUCAUUCGAUUUCUUUCAAGUCUUAAGACAUAGCUUAACGAUAGAUCCUUCGAACAGGAAUCUGUCCAGCAUGAAAAGAGAACUCGCACAGCUCGGUGAAUACACCAUAGAUGACGAUUACUACAAUUCUUUGACAGACGACGGCUAUUCACCUCCAAAGGUGAGCGAGUAUAGCGCGACCCCAACUUCUACCUCUACUACUCCUGUUAUUGUGGAUUCUGUGUCGGAGACCAAGGUUCCUCAGAUUCCUCAAAUCUCUGUAGAAGAGAUCACACCUGCUGCUUCUAUCACGGAGAAACCUCGGGACAAAGAUCCAAUUCCCAAGUUCACUUUUAGAAAGCGCAGUCAUCCUCAAAGAGACAGCGGCCAUAAGAAAGCUAAUCCAAUCAAGAUCGAUGCAUCAAAUGUGGUCAAGAAUGGUCGUAAACCUCUGGGAAUCCCCACUCCAAAUACCCACAUUAACAAUUUCUUCCAGGAAUACCAUGAAAAAGAGCAGGAAGAGUUCAAUACUCGCGACUUUUUCACCCCACCAAGUGUGCACAACAGGUACAUGGAGGGAAUAUUCAACACUAAUGGAACUAAGAGUCGGGGACAUAAGAAUCAUAGACCCAAUUCCAAUGGUCACCAAAAAAAUACUCCAAAGGGCAAUGUUGGCCAGUUAUCGGCAUUCCACAAUCGGAGGGGAUCUGCUUUAUCCCAGAACUCACCAUCGGGGAAAUACAUUCCGCCUCACUCGCGGCCCAACUCUUUCCACAAUGGGUCUCCAAAUAUUCCAAACAUAACAGGUGUGUUAGGUGGUGUUCACGACAGUCCAACUGUACUUACAAAGACGACGACAUAUCAUGAACAGCAUGCACAUCCCAUCGAGAAUAAUGAAAAUGAUCUUGAUGAUGUUCUCUUCACGUUGGAAGAAAAUGAUAUGGACAGCUUCACGAACGAUUUGGAUGGGCUGCUAAUCACCAACGAUAACUUGAAGAAACCUCUUGGCACAAUCGGAUCUGCCGAGCCUUCCACAAGCAGCGGUGCGGCUGACUUUCCUGAUUUGCUAAAAUCACCUGUUUUGAGCGAAGCAGGUUUGAACGAAAGCCAGACCAAUACUUUUUUCAAGGAUGUUCGCCAGCACGCGUCUGCUUCUACUUCUCCAUCUUUGAAACAAAAGCCUGGGCUUUAUGUUCCUCCUCACCAUAGGAAGAGUUCGAGUGGCGGAAUGGCUGGUCAUCAGCAGUUCUCACCCCACGGAGGGGAAACCACGAUUUCUGUAGGAAGCAACUUAGUGAGCUACGGCAAAAUGAAUCCUAAGCGCAGAAGUUCUCAAGCUUUACAGGAUGGGCAACCCACGUUACAUGGCAAAUCGUUCAUGGCCCAGAAUCACGGACGUGCUACCACCGAGGUCCAAAGUAGCGAUAUUUUUGCGGACUCAAAUGCCAUUGUUUUCGAAGAUGACGAGGUCUCGUCUUCCCCGUUUGCAUCUAACAACACUUUCCAGCCAGCCAGUUAUAAUUCUUUUAAGAAUGUGAAGACUGAGAGAAAGUCCAGUUCGAUACAAGACGAGUUAAUCGGAUCCUUAGAACAAUACAAGAAUAACUGGCUAAUGCUUCAACAACAAGAUUGA